GCAGGUCGCUUGACGUAACAGGGGUGUCUCAUGGCUGAUUAACAGCCAGUCCUGAAAGUAAAAGCAGUCGCUAAACUCCUUGGAUCUCCUGCUUCUGAGUAACCACAUUCUUCGUUAGCGCGAGACGACAACCAGUUUACAAACCGGAUGGGACGUUGAUUUUAAGAGAAGAGCAAAUUGUGCUGUUCUUUCGCUUCUAUUUGACCCCGUCCAGCAGCCGCUGAGGCGCGACCACACCCUCCUCGCUUCCUCAUAGCACUGUAGCGGGAGCGCGCAGCACGACUCCGAACCGCCGGGAAUAACGGCCGCUUCUUCCUACUACGACUGCGGGCUGGAGACGGAGCAGACUCCCGAAACGCGGGGUCCCACGUGCGCAGACCGGAGCCUGCUACGGACAUGAGCAGGGAGUCCUCUCAGAAGAUAUGCGGGGCUUUACAAUAUGUGGUCCUGAGUUAAGACGCGGGGGAGGCGGUGGAGGGCGGACACACGGACGAUGCAACUGCUAGCUUGUAACCCGGGGCUGUGUUUGAAAAAGAAGAGGUUGAAAGUGGAGUGACGGGAUCGUGUUGUGGAUUCGACCUUCCGGUGGAUUUGACUUGGGGGAACUCAUGAAACGAUGGUGCCGGAGGGAAACGCACUUCUUCCCGCUGUCCCAAAGAGCCGCCCGGGUGGUGCCCUGUUCGUAAGCAGCAUGAGUCCGCCAGGCCGGUCCUACUCUCUGGGAACAAGUGGGACAAAACCCCGGUGCUGUUUCAGACUGCGAGUGGACACAAAAUGAUACUCUGUCGACCAUAGUGGAGAGACUGAAAAGCCGUUUAGGUUCCUAGAUGUUAGUCUGAUGUUUUCUUGGCUACGUUCAUAAAAAGAACGACAUAUGUGUGUUCAAAAAUAGCCCAGAGAGAGUUCAGCCGAUGUCAAGGUUGCUUCGUCAACACACUAUUGACUUUUCUUUUUUUCUUGUGAAUGUUGUGCACUUUGCCUCUUAAAAGGUACCACGGUGCCACUGCAGUUUAGGUCAUUUCGUUUUUAAAUUCAACAACCUGUGAAUUUUGCUUAAUGAAAACCUGGGGCAAUAAGAUAAUAUCGUCUUUUGGAUUAUGCAGUUUAGAGCAUUUAAGUAAUUAGGAUGACAGCAUAUAAUUCAUUACACUGAUCACUCUGAACCUGUGCAGUUUUUUACAUAGUAAAUAACUAAUAGCCAAUGUUGAUCGUAGUUAGGCUUUUGGAUUAGUACAUUUAGAGGCCCAACAAUUCGUACAGGGCAAUGUUAAUCGGAUAAAAGUAAAUGCAGUUCUUUUUACAUGUUUACAUUGAGAAUACUGAAGGAAUUUAAGGUUGACUCUUCGGCCAGUUAUUUAGACGUUUUUGUAGAAAACCGGGCGGUGAGGCUGGUCUUGGAAAUGUCUCCAACAGUAAGAUGUAGUUUGAGGCAGCAGAAAACUACAAAGAACUGAUCCCCUCCAGAAGAGCUGUUUGACCCCCCCCCUCCCCCCCCCCGCUCAAGCCCACCUCCAUCCCCUCCCCUCCCUAUUAUGGCGAGUGGUGGCUCUGGCAAUUCGGCUAGCGAGGGAUCCCCCAGCAUACCGAGUGUCAGUUUGCAGCAGAGGAAGCGUCUCUCCUCCACGUGUGACACGUGUAAGGGCAAAAUGCAGCUGGUGGCCGACCUUCUUCUGCUGUCCAGCGAGACCCGACCCGUCAUGACCUCUGAAGGCGUAGCAGUGGCCGACACCUUCGACCAGUGCCGCGACACCGUCAUCGCCAGGACAAAGGAGCUCUCCAUUCUCACCCACGACAUCCAGAGCCAGCUCAACAUGGGCCGCUUCGUAGAGGUGGGGGACCGCCUUGUGGAAGUGGCCGACCUGGUGGUGUCUUUGACAGAGUGCUCCGCCCACGCCGCUUACCUGGCAGCCGUGGAGACCCCCGGCUCUCAGCCCUGCCUGCCAGGCCUGGUGGACCGCUACAAGGUGACCCGCUGCCGGCACGAAGUGGAGCAGAGCUGCGGCAUCCUCAGAGUCACACCCCUGCCAGACCUCACCCCCCAGCUCCUGCUUGAGCUCUCUCAGAACAUCUCCACCAAUCUUAAGAAUCUGACGGAUAUCUCCUCGCUGGCCAGCGAGAAGUCCAGGGACCGCUUUGCUAAAGAGCAGUUCAAACUGAGUGUGAAGAGCAUGAGCACCAGUGGCACAGCCUUCCUGGCGUGUGUCAAAGAGGUGAAAACCCAGCCCUGUGAGUUGACCCGCAGCCGCUGCGUCCUCUUCAGUGCAGCUCUAGUCCAGGCUGUCGGUGCCCUGGUUGGGUUCGCCACAGAACCUCAGUUCCUCGGGAGAGCCGCGGGAAUCUCCCCAGAAGGGAAGGGGGUACAGACUGCGGUGUUGGGGGGAGCCAUGAGUGUGGUUUCAGCCUGUGUCCUCCUAACUCAGGGCCUCAGAGACGUUGCACAGCACCCAGAGAGCAGCUCCAAGAUGGCAGAAUACCGCGAGCGUCUGCGCAACUCGGCGUGUGCCGUGUCCGACGGCUGCACUCUGCUCACUCAGGCACUCCGAGAGCGCUCCUCUCCAAGGACGCUGCCGCCAGUCAACUCUCAUUCUGUGAAUUAGUUUAGGAAGAGGCAACGUGAUGUCUGUCCCCUGGCUCUUUUCUGACGUACCAAAGAGACUCACUUGGGUUAUGCCUGGUCAUCAGGUUUCGAGUGACAUCAGAGGGGAGGCUGCGUGUGGGUCAGAGUGCCAGUAACGCUGCAGGGUUUUGUGUCGCGCUGGAUGUGGCUCCAACCUGGUUACUGCCGGACACUCGGGCUCAGCCGACCACCUGCUCUCCCCGACUGGCUGCAGCCUUCAAACCUGGAAAGUUUACCUCAGUUUUCAGCUCCGGUGCAAAAGGCAGCCUUGAUGAUGGAUGUAGCCUCACUGUGUGAACCUAUGGUUGGCUGACCUACUCGAUUACAUGUGCUUUGUGAGAUUAGAAAGAGUGACCCGAGUGUCUCAAUGCUUCGUUGUGGUUUUCAACUUGUGAAUUCUUAAUUGGCAAAAAGCUGCUGUGAGUGUGUGCCAUAGGUUUUACACUAUUUACCAGACUUCCCAUAGUAUUUUAAAGUGUUUUGAUCAUGCAUGUAAUGGAGUAUUUAUUUCAAUAAUUAAAAAUAUUGUUUCUGAAAUUGAAACCUGUUUUGUUUUAAUGCUCUUUGAAAACCCGGAUAGUACAACAAGUCUCUGGUUGUAUGUGUCCAGGGUUCAACUUGUCCGUCUGUGAUUACAGCUUCCACCCCACUUCACAGCACCGGAAGGAACUUUCGGAAUACUUUUCUCUAACAUUUCACCCAGUAUGAUUGACAAAUAUCACCUAUUGACUUUCAAAAUAAUGCCAUACGGAUGUUUACGCUGUUACUAGGAAUUCAUUAAUAAA